AUGGCCAUCAUUCUCUCAGGAGAAUUACUCAAGAAAUCAGAGAUUCUGAGAGAACCUUCUCGUGAUGGGCCUCCACCUUGGCGAAGUCCGGAUCAGGGGAUACAGAUUCGCAUGCCAGUGCUCGGUGAACUCGGAACUCGUUCCCAUGGGUAUCAAGAACACACAAAGACGCGCACAGCGACAAUCGUGCUUAGUGGACCAACAGCCAACCAUCUUGACGACCUCGACAACAGCGUCAAUGUGAUCGAAUCCCUUAUAGAAGAUCCACGGCUAGUUCCUGGUCCAAGCACGACAGAACCAGAACUAAGCAAGCUUCUCAUCGAGGCAAACGGGAGCGGGAUAAGGAAGCUGGCACAACACUUACUCAAAUUCAUACCUAGAACACUCGCUGAGAACGCGCUGGGAGGUGCUGAGGGUAACGAAGUUCUCAACUCGAUUGUAGUCCUUAGAUUCUUCCUGCUGAGUCUCCAGAAACCGACUAUCGAAGGGCUCCUUGACGAGGACACCAGUUGCGAUACCUGGUGCCCCUGCGUCUAAUAUCACCCUCAAUUCAAUGUCCCUAUCGUGUGGAACUUCUACUCUUCAUGUUGCCUCGAUGAUAUCCUCCAUUUGCUUGCUCUUGUCCAGUGCCUUUUUCCCUCUAGCUGUGUUUUCAUCCCUCACAGCUCACAACAUCCUUACACGCAUCGUUCUCACCGCCUUUGCCGUAGACAUCGCAAUUGUAUGCUGUACAGUAUAGCAAUGAACUAUAUAUUUCGUCCCA